CAAAAGGAAUAUGAAAACAGCUCGACAAAAGAAAGCAAGAAGACAUUUAGGCUUUUUCAUUAACAAUUUCAAGUUUAGACCACCGUUUCAAGUUCUUAUUGAUGGGACAUUUGCAUUUGCUGCUCUGGAGAAUAAAUUUAACAUACAAGACCAGUUAUCAAAGUAUUUUCAAUCUGAAAUGAAACUAUUAACUACACCAUGUAUCAUUUUGGAAACAGAGAAGCUAGGCUCCUUUUCAAAGGCAGUUAGCGGUGCUAUGCAGAUAGUGAAACAAUAUCCAAUACAUAAAUGUGGACAUGAAAAGAAUCCAAUAACUGGUAUAAAAUGUUUACAAACAAUGGUUAAAAGAAACAAUGAAUCUAGGUACAUUGUAGCUACUCAAGAUAGAGAACUCCAAGAUAUUUUGAGAAAAGUUCCAGGUGUUCCCAUACUAUAUCUACAUGGUAAAGCACCAACUUUAGAAGCACCUUCACAAGCAAAUCGUGAAUAUGCAGAAAAAAGUCAUAAAGAGUUAGGAAUGACUGCGUGGGAGAAAGAUAAUAUCAAAACAUUAAAAGAAGCAGCUGGUAUGACAGAACAAACAGAAAUAAGAUUAAAGAAGAAAAAGAGGAAAGGUGGGCCAAAUCCACUUAGUUGUUUAAAGAAGAAAAAGAAACCACAGACAGAGACUGUGAGAAACAUUACAGCAAAACAAUCUAAUAAAGUUCAGAAAAGAAAGAAAAAGAAAAUAGCACCACAUAUUAAAGAAGUAUUAGUAGCUGAAAUAAAAAAAUAAGCAAAUUGAAAAACAUAUAUGUUCUCAUAAUUAACAUAUAUGUUUUAAAAAUCUUUGUAUAUAAACCAAAUAUUGAAAUUUAUGCAAAUAAAUCUUAUUUUUAUUUAUAAUACAAUUGUCUGUUCUCAAUUCGUAAAAUUAAAGUAAUUGUAUUAUGGUAUACUUAUAUAAGCUUAUCCCUAAAUAUCAGAAAAUGUGUUAAUGCUUUUAUAUUUACGAAAUGUUCAUUAUAAAAUUGUUUACAAAAUUUUUAUACGAUGUUUACUACGAAAAAACGUGUAUACUUAUUCAAAUUACCAUAUUUCGAAAUAUUUUACCUUUCAUAUUUCUUUACAUUAUGAAAAUACUCAUUAUUUAAAAUAGAAUCAAUUAUAUUUAUUUAACAAAGUACGAAAAAUAAGUAAAUGGAAUCACUUCCUAAGGGAGACAUACAAUGUUCUUUAAAUAUAUUACAUUAUCACUACAACAUCUAGUCAUAUAAUGAACACGUCGUAAAUUUGGAAUUAGGAACUUUAAAACUUUCUGUAUAUCGAAACAUAAAAUGAACAUAAGUGCGUGUAAACUUCGUAUUAUUUACAUCCUUUUUGUAAAUAUGCAUGUAUCAUACGACAUAAAGUAAUACUUAAACAAAGGAUAAAUCUUAAUCAAAAUAUGUCCAGGCAUAGUACUAUACAUAUAAA